GUUAAACCCUAAUCCCUCAUAAUCACUUGGCCUGCAAAACUCUUUGACGUAUUGUGUCUUCCGCAUUAAUCAUUAUAUUUUGACGAUUUCCAAUGCACAUAAUUAUGCAUUACACUUUGAAACGUGAAACAGCUUGAUAAUACUUUGGAAACACGGCUAAAGUGUAUUCUUGGAUAAUUAUGCACAGGACCAAAAAGUUUGCAUGGAAAACACGGACAUUGUCCAUGUUUUCUUGUGGCCUGGCGCUGCUAUUCAGGCUUCUAUGCACCUUUGAUCGUCUUUCCAACAUCUUUGAGAAGGUUGAACUCGUACUUCAAGGCUGCCACUUGCUUCUCACGUUGAUUGAGAUGAAGUUAGAGAACAAGCUAACUAAAUCUCCCUUGGAGUACGUCGCUGUCCUAUCAUCAGCCAUGCUCAUCCACCGCAACUUUUACGGAGGAUCCAAAAUGUGGGAGUUUGUCGAUGCCACACAUUUUUGCCUUCAGAACUUUGCUGCCGGAGUCCACACUGUGUGCUGGCUGAGUGGUGUUAUAGCCCUAUACAAGCAUGUGGACCAUCUUCACAAGAGCGAAUAGGCAUAGAACUGAUAGAAGCAAUAGAUCUUCUAAUGUAUCUUCUUAUCUUUCUCCUACCUAAAGCAACUUUAGGGUUUAUUUGGGAUUCAAGUGAUAGCACUAAUAUGAAUGUGGCCUUCUGCACAUUUCAUAUGUUUUUCUGAUUUUGCCGUGAGAUUUAUGGAUUUAUGCUCUAGUUGGAAAGAUUGGCCAAAAUAUUAAAUAAAUUGAUGAGUCCUAAAA